AUGCCACGCCUAGUCGCGCUGAUCCUCACAGCGGCGGGUCGCGCGAACGCCAAUAAAGCACUGCUCGAGUUUGUGCUCGGAGGACACCGCGGCUCGCUCGCGUCGUGGCAGCUUCACCUGCCAGCUGCGAUUGGGUUUGGCAUCCUCUGUGUUUGCGGCUGGCUCACCGAGGCUCAGCAGCAGGGUACGCGCAUAGUCAUGGUCAUCGCAUUUUGCCUCGUCAUCGCGUUGAGCACGGGCUACGUCUUCAUGUUCUUUGCGCUGUCGAUGUCAGCUUACAUCGUCAUCGAGCGCCUCGACUUUAUGCAGAUGUGGCGCAUCUACCACACAGGCGUGCUCGAGAUGGGACUGAUAAGCAAGCUCUUUCGUUUCCGCGCGUACAAGCUGGUCGCAGACGCGGUGCGGCGGGAUGGUCCGGAGCAGAAAGGGUCAGCACGCCACAGUGUCACCACAGGGAAGGUGAUGGCCGGCGAGGUGACUUGCUACGAGCUUGUCCGGCUCGCCGCGCAGGCUUUAGUCCGGCUCGGCUGCUCCCUAACCGUGCUGACGGGGGUGCUUCCAGAUUUCGUGACCAACUGCGCGCUGCAGCCCAACUCAACAUAUUGCUCAGGAAUGGAAAUCAUGCAUGUGCUCCACCUCGCCGGCGUGCAGGGCGGAACUAUGCUCACGCUGUUGGGCGUCGUGGCGGAGACGGCGAUGAUCUGCAGGGAGAAGCGGGCGCGGGGGUGGCGCCUUUGCGCGGCGGCGGCGCUCAUCUUUGCCGCGAGUGCCGUCUGCUUUGGCUUUGCUGUCGCCUUCGUCAGCGUCAAGGGCACGGUGAGCAAGCCGCUCAUUCACGGCUGCAUCAACUACGAAAACGAGCACGCGUGCGAGGGAGCUCCCGAGUAUGUCCCCGCCCGAUGGUUCAACCUCUCUUUCGAUCUUGAGCCCUGGCCGUGCGUGUGGCUCGGCGCCACUGCGGACGUCGCCGAGAGCGCUUGCCAGGACCCCCAUUGCAAGGACGGCGGGCGGCUGUACAACAACCAGUGCUCGAUUAUCUAUGAGUUCCACACACUUUUCUUCUGGCUCGUCUCGGUCAGCUGCUACCUCUUUGUCGUGCAGAAGGUCGAGCUGUGGGAUGAGUUCUGCAGAAAGGGGCCGGACGGCGGCGCAUCCAUGCUCAGCAUCGCCAAUACCGUCACUCACGUGAUUGGAGGGGAUGGCCUGGACUUCUGGACCGACGACUCAGGCUAUUGCAAGACAAUCGUGGGCGAGUCGGAGGGCGUGCACCGCCCGGCAGGAUUUUCUCGGCUCCACACGGCCGUCGGCGACCGCCUCUCCUUCACAUUUUCGACACAUCACGACCUCUGGAGCCUCGCCUCGCUCGAGGCCCUCGAGGCGUGCGACUUUGCCGGAGCCACGCUACUCGCCAACAGAAUGGGCGGCGGCGGUUGCGACGACGAGGCUGACCUGGCCUGCAUGGAGGCAGCGACGCCGUUUGUGCUCCGCGUCAACAAUUCUGAGAAAGACCUGUACCUCGCUUGCAACGUGAGCGACCACUGCUUCAAUGGGCAUUUACGCCUCGUCGUGCUUAUGAGUGAAGAGCGGGGCAGUCGUAUACCGCCGGUGGUGGUCCCCCUCUGGACCGACGACGCCGGGUACUGCAAGCCUCUCCCGCAGGCCUUAAUCGCUGGAGAGCACACAUGUGACUCCCGGCUGGUCUUCCCUUGCAACGUCUCCGACCCAGAGACGUGCCAGCACCACGGAGAGCACCAUCUAGCACCGGCGGCGUGGCCGCGCGGCUCGAGGCACGAGACGUUCGUCAUCCGCUACUCGUCACCACAAUAUGCGACAUCCCUCGUCGCGUGCGACUACGAGGGCGCCCGGCUGCUGGCGGGCCGAGAGCACGGCGGAGGGUGCGAGAACGACGCCGACCUCGCCUGCAUCGACGCGUCGGUUGGCUUCCGCCUCCGGCCGCGCAGCGUCGGCAAGUGGUUCCUCUCGUGCUCCGUCGGCACCCGCUGCGCCAGAGGGGGUCUCCGCCUGCUGGCCGACCCAUUGUCAUUGAUCGCAGCCCUUCAUACAAAAGGCGACCACUGCGCCAACGGGCAGACGCUCGUCGUCACUGUCGCCGAGCCGGCCCCUCUUGCGCCGAACGGCCUCUACACGUACGCAGACGUCGACCAGCCCGCCCUCAUCCCCUCUGCCUUCCCGCUCUUCGCAAGCAGAUUCGCCCCCUACCCGGGCUACUUCGGCCCGCUCGCGUCCGUCUCCGGCCAAGAGUCGACCCGCUGUGCCGAGAACCGCAGGACGCGCAGAACGCGCACGUCCUGCUCCGACGAGAGCCUCGUGCUCGGGCACUACUUCAAGGUGUCGUCUGACCCGUGGCUCUCCGUGGCCUACGCGGACGGGGCGGCGAACGGCUCGGUCGAGGGCCGCAGGAUCCCAUGCGGGCUUCUUCCCGAGACGGCCGCGUUGGACACCCUCACCGUGUACGAGGAGUUUGUCACUUGCGGAGUUGGCUGGGGAACGACAGGCAUGCUCGCCACUCCCCUCCUCGUCGUCUGCUACCGCCUCGUCUGCAAGAGCGGCUCCGCCGCACGCCGGCACGUCGUCCCUCGGCACGUCUCCCCAAACGUCGUGGAGAUCCGCGCCCCGCCGAUCCAGCAGCCCAACCCACCCGCCGCCGCGCGGGCCGAGGGCGCCUCGGCUUUGCCCGGCUGGGGCGUGGAGGUGGUCGGGGCGGCGUGA